AUGAAACGAGGUCGCGUAGACGUUGGUGUAUCUAAGGAUCAAUACGAAGCGUCUCUCGUCGUUGUUGAUAGCCCCAAUGGCGACAUUACAUCGUUCCCUCGUGCAUCAACUCAAGUGUUAAAGGCUCGUAAGAUUGUGAAGGCUACAUCGACUACCCGUGCACAAGAAGCGACUCGUCAGCUCACGGCUUUGAAUCGCGCUUUUGUGGCGAAUCUUAAGACGCAAUGGGCGCACAAUGCGACCAACAGCUGGGAAAUAAAUAUGAAGGAGUAUAUAGCCUAUGCACGUGUGAUUGACGCGAGUUUUGGCGGUCAUACAGGCCAAGUAUUGACGUUUGGGAGUGGUGAUUGUGGUCAAUUGGGUCACGGUGUUGACGAGGAAGAUCUCAUGGUUUUAUACCCACGGGUUGUCUCUUCGUUAUCGAAUCUCAAGAUUGUCCGUGUGACUUGUGGUGGUCUUCAUUCUGCUGCUGUUACGGCAGCUGGAGAGGUCUAUACAUGGGGUUGCAAUGACGAUGGAGCUAUCGGUCGCGACGGAGACGAAAACGUCCCGAAUAAAGUGGACGGUUUUGGACCACAAGAAGCCAUGGCAGUGCAAAUUGUUGGUGGUGAUUGUCAUACCACUGUCGUGACACUGGCUGGAAAAGUGUACACGUGGGGCUGCUACCGUGACAAGGAAGGCAAACAGUGGUGUGAUGCUCCAUCGGCCAAGGCUGCAUUCAAGCAGAAACAACUCCGGCCGUUCUUGAUUAAGGCGUUGGAAAAUGUAGCUGAUGUACGUUGCGGUAGUACGUUCAAUCUUGUGCGAACGAAUGAUGGGCGUGUGUACUCGUGGGGACUGGGAGAAAUGGGCCAACUUGGACGUAAGGUAGACGCAGAGACGAAGGACGCAAAGGGAGACUAUAAGGUUGAUAUGGUGUACUCGGAACACCUGCAACCGAAACUUGUGAUGCUAGGAAAGGACCCGCUUCCGGCUACCAAGUCCAUCGGCUGUGGCUCGUACCACAGUCUGUUUGCUUUGAGCAUGAAUGGAUACUUGUACACAUGCGGACUCAACAAUUACGGCCAGCUGGGAAUUGGUAGCACUGAAAACUGCACCGAGCUAGAACUAGUAGAGGAUCUUAGUUCCGAGACUGUCGCGUUUGUGGACGGAGGAGCCCAUCACUCGGUCAUUCUCACUAUUGACGGUGACGUCUAUACAUUUGGUCGCGCAGACUCAGGCCAGCUUGGUACGCUUGAAACUUGUGCCACCGGCGAGUUUAAGGAUCGGCCACAAAAAGUUACGAUUCCUAUCCCCAAGAAUGGCGGCUCAAGUACCGUUCGCAUGAUUGCUACAGGCUCUAACCACGCACUGGCGCUAACGGAAAGCAAUGCGAUUUUUUCUUGGGGCUACGGUGAUAUGUUGGCACUAGGCAAUGGAGAAGAGCACGACGAAAACAAGCCGCAUCAGCUGGACUGGUCGAUGGCCAAGUCUGACAAGGACAAGACAUUUGGCGAGGCAAAGAUUUAUCAGAUCGAAGCUGGUGGUCAGCAUAGUGCCGUGCUGGCGAGAUCUACUAGAGACAAGUAG